UUCUUCUCUAACCAUCACAAAAAUUGUCGGAGGAGGGUCCAGUGAAGUCAAGUCUUCCCCUUUCUUCUCUAACCAUCACAAAAAAUUUCUUUAUAUCUUGAAUUCAUCAAAUUUUCACCAUCAUUUUCUUGUAAAAAUUAAACAAGUGCAGCCAUAGCCAUGUCUACACCCGUUUCCAUGUUUCUCCUCCUCACCUUGUUCGUCUAUGCAACAUUCUCACUAUCCUUCGACAUGUCUCCCAUCACAAUAUCAGACGGCGACCGCCUCAACCUCACCGGAGACGCCUACAUCACCGACGAAGGCAUCCAAGUCACAACGAAUCAAACGGAGAGAGCCGGGCGAGCCACCUACGGUGAGCUGCUGCAUUUGUGGGACAAAACCUCACAAAAUGUGGCUGAUUUCUCCACACACUUCUCCUUCGUCAUAAACUCAUUCGGCAGCGACAAAUUCGGCGACGGCCUCACCUUCUUCUUGGCUCCCAACGGCUCCACCAUCAAGCCGUCGUCUCGCGCCAGUGGCCUCGGCCUCGGCUACCCCAAAUCGCCGCCGGAUUCAUCGUCUUUGGAGGCCUUCGUCGCGGUGGAGUUCGACACGUACCGCAAUCAAUUCAUCGAUCCGACUUACGAGGGCGGCCCCGACGUGCCACACGUCGGCAUUGAUCUCAGCAACCUCAGCUCCGUCCAAACUACGAAUUGGUACAACAAUAUUUCUGCAGGCGCCCAAAAUGAUGCCUGGGUUACUUACAAUUCCAGCACCUGCAUUUUGAGAGUGGAUUUCACGGGCACAUAUAACGGAACUUUCCGACAAGGGAACCUCAGCUAUGAGGUCAGUCUUCGAAAUUACUUGCCGGAAUAUGUUACUAUCGGAUUCUCGGCUUCCACCGGAGGUUCUUUCGAGGAAAACAACGUUAAAUCUUGGAGUUUCAAUUCGACUGAUGUGGGUUCUGCUGAAGUAGAACCGAAUGGCGGAAAGAAGAAAAAAUGGGUCCUUUUUGCUGGAUUGGGUGGUGGCGGUGCUGCCAUAUUACUACUCAUUCUAUCAUCCACUUGUGCACUCCGUUUCUUAUCAAGAAACAAAAACAAGCAUGGGGAGGGGUUAGAGGAAGAGCAGUUGUCCGAUUAUGUAAUGGAUAAUGAAUUGGAAAACGGCAACGGCCCUAAAAAGUUCCCUUACGACGAACUGGUUCUAGCAACGCGUGAUUUUACAGAGAAGCUCGGCCAAGGAGGCUUUGGCAAUGUCUACAAGGGCUUCCUGAAAGCGACAAACACCUUCAUUGCAGUGAAGAAGAUAACGGAGGGAUCUCAACAAGGCCGAGAAGAAUACAAGGCCGAAGUCAAAAUCAUCAGCCAGUUGAGGCACAUGAACUUGGUGGAGCUCAUCGGGUGGUGCCAUCAGGGAGCAGAGCUUCUACUGGUCUACGAGUUCAUGCCUAAAGGGAGCUUAGAUCUUCAUCUUUUCUCAGUAAAUUCAUUGCUGACAUGGGAAAUGCGAUACAAAAUUGCACAAGGGCUAGCUUCAGCCCUGCUGUAUUUGCACCAAGGGUUGAGGCAGUACGUACUGCAUAGGGAUAUAAAAUCGAGCAAUGUGAUGCUCGACAACAACUUCAACGCCAAGCUGGGUGACUUCGGAUUGGCUCGGCUGGUUGAUCACGAUAAAGAUUUGCAUUUGACCAAGCUUGCAGGGACACCAGGUUACAUGGCUCCCGAGUAUCUUGCAGAGUGGCGGGCGAGCAAGGAGACUGACAUGUACAGCUUCGGCAUUGUUUUACUGGAGAUCGGUUGUGGAAGAAAGGCUUUUGAUCUUAGCUAUCCUCAAGGCCAGAUUGCGCUAGUGGAGUGGGUGUGGAAGCUCUACGGAGAUGGGCAGUUGCUCGAUGCAGCCGAUCCCAAACUGAACUUAUCAGAAUACCAAGUAAGCAAGAUAGAGCGUUUGAUGGUUGUCGGGCUGUGGUGCGUUCAUCCAGAUAGCGCCCAGCGCCCCUCAAUAGGCCAAGCUGUGCAACUUCUCACAUCCGAAGAUCGUCUGCCCGACCUCUCACAAUGCCGAAGGCCGUCUAAUAAUAAUGCAACUCCAGCAGCGAUGAGCGGUUCGACUACAUUUUUUGGUAGUGCAAACAGUGUUGAUUCUGGGAUGUACGGUCAGGCCAGCACUUCCUCGAAUUUAACCACAUCUUCUGCAGCUUCUACUUCGGAUUUCUUGCCCAACUCAUCAACUGCACACUAGUUCCACUGUUUGUAUUCUUUUGUUUGUCAUUUUCUCGUUUAAAUUGAGACUCUAUAUGAUUUUAAAGGAUUUUGAAAGUUUGGGUAUAUUCAAACUUUUAAAAUUCUUUUAAAAUUUAGAGGUAUUCAAUCCAGAUUUUUUAAAGUAUUUUAAAAUC